AUGCUUGCUCUAGCCGCCCUACAUCUUGGCCAUCGCACCGAUUCCGCGGCGUUCCAGGCACAAGCUCUGGAAUUGUUCAAUGCCGCACCUCAGGCUCUCGAUGUAACGGCGGAAUCAGCCGUGCCCACCUUGCUCUUCUCCUCAAUGGUGGGCACACACAUGCUUGCCGACACGUCACUAUCCUGUCACGAUCCCAGUAUUGAUGAUGCAGCCCUGCUGGACCGCUUCAUCGAUGCUUCGAACAACGCCGUCAUGGCGGUGAAGCCGCGCAUGUUCAGCUCCGACAGCUUCUACAUGACCUUCAGGCGUCGGGUCUGCCUGAAGAUGCGCUAA